CCUAUGGAAGGCGUACGCUGGGCUUUUCCGUGCGCCGCCUGGCGCCCUAGCCGGGCUGAAUGGCUCCUGGCGGCGCGUUCCGUACAGCCUGAGGAGAAGGAUCGCAUUGGGCAAUUCGUCUUUGCCCGGGACGCCAAGGCAGCCAUGGCAGGCCGACUGAUGAUGAGGAAAUUAAUUGCAGAAAAAUUGAACAUCCCUUGGAAUAAUAUACUUUUGCAGAGAACAACAAAAGGGAAGCCAGUCCUUGUGAAUGACUCCUUCAGUACUCACCCAGAUUUCAACUUUAAUAUUUCACAUCAAGGAGACUAUGCAGUUCUUGCUGCUGAACCUAAACUACAAGUUGGAAUUGAUAUCAUGAAGACAACUUUGCCAGGCCAAAGCUCAAUUCCAGAAUUCUUUCGCAUUAUGAAUAGACAGUUUACAGAAAGAGAAUGGAAGACAAUCAAAGCCUUUGAAGAUGAAUGGACCCAGCUGGAUAUAUUUUAUAGGCAUUGGGCACUAAAAGAAAGCUUCUUAAAAGCCAUUGGGGUUGGAAUUGGAUUUAAAUUACAGCGAAUUGAGUUUAAUAUAUCCCCACUUCAUCUGGAAAUAGGCAAAGUAUAUAAAGAAACAAAUAUGCUACUUGAUGGAGAAGAUGAAGAAGAAUGGGCAUUUGAGGAAAGCAGAUUGGAUGAGUACCAUCAUAUUGCAGUUGCUCUUAAGAAACCAGAUGGAUUAAGACUACAGAAUCCUCAAGUUCUUUCUCAAGAUCAUUCUGAGCUAACUAUGUCACAGUUCACUUUUUUGACAUUUGAAGAUUUGGUAGCAUCCUCAGUUCCUUUGACAUCAGAAGAUCCUUUCUACUGGGACAACUUUUGCUCCAAACAAGAGGACCCUGUUCGAAAUAGCACACGUUUGUGAUAAUGCUCAAGAAACAAAAGGGGAAAAUGAAGACUUUUUAAAAAUUCUGGGCUCACCAAAAUAGGUAAUUGAAAGAACCAAAUGGCAUUUCACAAAGUUAGACCAAGUUCUGGGAAUUAUAGAGGGAGCCAUGACUGUAAUAUGUGACGUAGAGACAGGCUUCUGGUAUUACUAAUUACCAAGAAUUAUCAACAUAAUAAGUUCAGUUUCUACUGUUUUAACUAAAUGCUUUUGGGUAAAUCGUUUAAAGUAAGGUACUCUGAUCAACAAGCAAAGAGGUUUUUAUCAAGCCCCUACUAUUUGCCAAACAGAAUUCUAUCUUAUAAAGGGAUACAAAAGAAGAAAAUACAAUUUUCUACUGGAACAAAUAAAAAAAUUUUACUA